CUCCAAGUAAGUAUCGUCCCGAGUAUCGUCUUCCAGCAUCACUCGACGCGCUUGAAGUUCCCUGAAGACCUGCGAAGUCAAGGAACGGGUGACGAAGAGAUAACCUACACUGUCCAACGAAAUAGGGGAGAUUAUAUCUGUCUGGAGGGGGAGCUGUAAUGUCUUCAUCCAGCCAAGCUGGCGGCAGUAGGGAUGGCAAUGGACCUCGGUGUAAUCAACCUGUCUGCUAUAGCUGCAACCUGCCAGGUUAUUACGCACGAGACUGUGGAGCGUAUUGGAAAGAGAGGUUUGAAGGGAAGAGGGGCGAUGCAGCAGCAGCUACAACAGUCAAACCAGCGUGUGGACGAUCGGCAUCACCAGUCAGAAAGAGAUGGGAACCCUCCCGGAGGUCACCAUCAGCGGACCUGCGUUACCAAGGACGCAGAAACGAAGAUCGCGAUAGCGUGAAGGAAUUGGUGAGUUUACUUAUGGCGGAGCGAGAGGAGAAAGAGAUGGCAAAGAAGGAGGAGGAAGAGAGAGUUAACAAGGAAAAGGAGAGGAAGGAAAAGGAGGAGAGACGAUUGAAGAAAGAAGAAAAGAAACGAAGAGAGCAGCAGGAGAAUGACGAAAGAGUGGCGAAAAUAGUUAACAUGCAAUUUUCCAGGAAGUGGGGAGGAGCAAUGGAAAGAAUGGGACCGGAUAGCUCUCCGGAAACCUCAAGACAACACAGGCGAUACCGAAAAGCCUCAAGAAGAGGACGUCGCCACCGGAGAACCGCAUAUGCCUCCGUGGAUUCUGACGAUCUGUCCGAGAUUAGCGAACAGACACGUAAGUUGUCCAUCUCCGAGAAGAGGAAGCGUCCAUCCACGGUCACGGAAGAUUCGUCUUCGACCAGUCCCUCAACAACUCCGCUCAAGCUCAACCGAGCUAGGGACUUGUAUCUUAAGUCCCCAGUGAGAUCGGCACCCAGAGCCAAACCGUCCUCUGCGAAGAAAAUGAAGACUACUUUGCAGGCUACUACCUUGAAGAAACUUCGAGAGAAAAGUGACCCAGCUGUUAAGGGAGCUGCCAGAGGUCAGGGAGCAGGAUCGCGAAACCAGUUUGUCAAGGAUAUCCUGGAGUAUCUCGACGGUUUGGACUACUGUGUAGUGCAGAAGAUGUGUAAGAAAGAAAAGAUUCGGUACGUCCGAAAGGGACAGGCAAUUGCAGCACUAGCGGAGAAGAGAGCGCACGUGGCGUACGAGGGGACAAAGGAUGGGCUGCCAGAAUAUGCGAAAGGGAAGGAAGAAUCCACUACUUCGAGCGAGAGCUCGGAUACCAAGAUACUGCAGUCUUUGUAUGAUCAGGAGAAGAAGCACAGGAAGUUCGUUUUGAGCUCAGAAGGCGGGAAUGCCUGGUGUGAUGGCUGGAAGAGUGUUAAAAGAGUCUUCGGAAAUUCGGAGGUACUGGUUGAUGGUAAUGGGAAACUGCUGAGACACUGUAAAAAGGAUCUUGAGGAAGGGAGGACGAUUUGUGUUGAAUACCUCAAAAGAUGGAAAAAGCACUCCAAUUGGAAUCAUCCCUUCCUAAUUUCAAUCCUGAAGCAUUUCAAGAAGCGAGUUACUCUGCGUUUCCGUGACCUGAAAUUUCUGGUGGAGUUACUAGGAGCCAUCAACGAGUUCUUGAAGAAAACUACUCGGCAGCUACUGAAGAGGAUUCUGUACAGUGAGAUUAGAUUAGGAUAUGGCUUUAAGUUGGGGACUAAUGUUGUUCCACGUGUCAGAUUUGAUGAUAGAAUUAGCCUAGCAGGAUUAAGAAGGCUAUGUGAUGAGAAGAUAAAUAAUUCUGUCUUUCCUAAGAUGAUUAACGACAUCUAUAAGACUGGAGUCAGGGUGGUUUGGACCAAGAAUCCAAGCAUCGCCGACAUUCUUUGCAACUAUCGAAAGACCGCCGCAGGGGAAGUGCAGGUCUGUUGUUGCAGAGGGUAUGACCUCCCUCGACAGGAGGGACAUGUGAGAUGUCGACUUGGAGAAAUUGAAGGUCUGCCAGAUGGAUUGAAGAACGGAAGGAACAUUCCUAAAGCACACAGGAAUAAUCGAGAGGAGUCUCUGGUAAUGGAGCUGUCGGAGACUUUCCUGAAUUGGAAACUGGGCGUCAGGGCCGACAUUCACGGGGAACGAAAGGAUGUGGCCGGGUGCUUCAAACAGUCGAAGGCUGAUAUAAACACAAUUUCCACCGAAGAAGUUCUAAAUAUCCAGCGAAGGUUCUCAGAGUUGGUCUUGACUGUUGUUGAUCGAAACGCCGGUGAAAUUGUGGUGAUGUGUCCGCAAUUGUAUUACGAAGCUAUGUGCGAGAUGUUCGUACGGAACUCGGGGUACGUGAUAUGCCUGAAGGAAGAAGAGGAGGUGUGGAAAGAGGCGCGGCUGGAUCUCAAGCAGGCUGGUUUGGCAAAGUUGGGAAGAUGGGACAUCAAAGGAAAAGCUGGGAAAUCCUAUGUGCUGCCUAAGCACAAGGAUUUGUCCCAAUUUCGGCCUAUCGGUUCCACCUUUUGUGAACCAACCAUCAGAAUCUGUAAGAAGGUUUCCAAGGCGCUCAAUCUGUUGCUAAAUUCGAUUCCUAGUUCCUGCCAUUUCAACUUGCCUGCGGUGAGCCAAAUGGCGGACAAGAUUAAAAAAGCUAAUGCACAGAUACAGGGGGCUUUUGUGGAAAGUGGAGUAAUGGCAACUUGCUAUGACAUAAAGGAUAUGUUUAGCAAGCUGCCUCAUGAUGAGAUUCUGAGGUCCUUGGAUUGGGUAAUUAGCUGUUUUCCUGAUAAGAAGGUCAUUAGAGUCAACCCACGGGGAAAAGGGGCUUCCUUUGGAGAGAAGAAAGGGGAGGGUUGGUGGGCAAUUGACAUCAGGGAUGUUAGGAAGUUUCUGAAAUUCGAGUUGUCUCACACCUAUACACGUGCUACUAAUGUACUGCUAAGACAGGUUGUUGGGAUUCCGAUGGGCAAGAGUACAAGCCCGCCACUAGCAUGUAUGAUGUGUGCACAUGUUGAGUGGCGGUUUCUUGUCUCUUUGGGUUGUGACAGGAAGCUGGUUUUUGGCAUGCGUCUGAUGGAUGAUGUGUCGUUACUUUUGAUUUUUCGUAAAGGGGACCGAGGCUCCAUCUGUAGAGCCAACGAGAUCUGCCAGAGGUUCAAGAAUUGUUAUCCACGCCUACUGACGCUGAAGCGGACUGAUGAGAAGACAGGGUCCUGGGAAUUUAUCGGGUGUCGAUUGAAUAUUAACCAGCAGUACCCCUUCUUGAGCAGUGUCCAGGCUACCAAGAAUCAGCAGACUAUUUGGGGACCGGGCCCUGUGGUUUUCAGAACUCGCCAGGAUUCCUUGUCCUGGGCAGACGUGAAACAGAAGAAAGUCGCAAUUACCGGGUGGCUUUGUCGUAUCGACCGAAACACAACGGAUCGAGCGGCAAUUCCGAAACAAGUGCUCACGCUGCGACGGGAAUACCGUGCGAAAGGUUUUUCGGACGAAUUUUUUGGAAACGUCGUGCGAAACUUCGCGCCAAACCGCGGCAGAGUCUGGCAGCUUGUGGCCGAAAUAGUAAGCAUGUAGAGGCAUCGGAAGUUGUAGGUAUUCGUAUAUAUAGCUUAGUUGUGUUUGACUUAGUCCUUCUCAGCUUACAUGGCUCCGGGGUUUAGGCUCC